UUCGUAGGACAAUGAUAUGAACACACAAUGGGCAACACCCAAAUCAACACCCAGCUGACCGGUAGAACUGUGAGGAGGCUAUCUCUCUCAACAUGGAGGAAGAAACAGGCGAUCGAAAACUUGUGGCUCCACAACCUCUCCCUUUGGUGGUGCUGACUCAAUACCCAAGUUUGAAAUUUAAUUACUUUGUUGUCACCGAUGAAGAACGAGAAAUAAAGAUACCUCCUAAGCUGCGACGUAAAGAAAUAAGGACCUGCUGUCAUGGUUGGAUAAUCUUUUCCCGUGGAAGGCAUCAGUACUCUCUGUGGAAUCCAUUCACCAACGAACGCAUACACUUACCAGCUAUCGAUCUUAAACACAAACAUGGAAAAUGCCAGUGUCAAUUUGUAUUAUCGUCACCUCCGAUUAAUUGCGACAGUAUGGUUGUACUAAUUGAUACGGGGACUCCUUCACUCAAUUUUUGUAGGAUUGCAGAUAAACAAUGGACUAAGCAGCCCAUCCAAGAUGACUAUGCUGGGUUUUCUUAUCCAGCAACUGGUUUGGAAGUUAAUCGUGUACACUAUGACAGUGCAUAUUUAUUCAACAUGGAAGACAAAACUAUUUCAACUUCUUUACCUUCUUUACCUUAUUUGUAUUUACAAAGGAUUAAUGACGGUAGUCUUUCUUUCUACAUCAUGCCAAACGCAGACUCCAGGCUAAGCAAUUAUGUGGAAAGACAAAUCAAUGAUCACUUAGCUGCAAAUGCUAGUGAAAUUCUGAGAGAUACAACAAGUGAUCAUGAUCAGGAGAAAGCUGCAGAAGCUGAGUUUGAUUACUUUGGUAAGCUUCCUUUAGAUGUGCAGUCUGUGAUUGCAAGCCCCUCCGAACCAGUCAUUAGAGGGAUUGAGGGCUAUAAUUCUCUUCCUCCUUGGCUCACUUUUUGGGAAAAAGGUGAUAGUGUUUGCAAUUUCAUUGAUCCAACAUGUUGCCAAAAAUAUAUCAUGACCAUUCCUGAUAAUGAAUCGAAAGACGUCACCAUGUGCUAUUCAAGAGAAGGAUGGUGUUUGAUGUUACAUGGGGAAGGGUCCAUAUUCCUCUGGAAACCUCUUGCAAAGAAAAUCAUUCCGCUUCCAAAUCUUCCCUAUAAAUGUAGAACUGUUUUUGGAUGCGGUUUCUCAACUUCUCCAGACUCCUCUAAUUGUGUUAUUGUUAUGCUCUGUCAUGAUGCUAUCCAUCGGCGUUAUUACAUUGACUUCAUCUCUUUAAAAUAUCUAGAUAAGGAAUGGGAUAUAAACUUUUUGCUGGAAUGUGAUGGGAAGCUUCUGUCUGUUACAGUUGCUCGUCUUGGAAAAUGGCUCAGAAUUUUCAGACUGGAUGACUCGGAGACGGUUUGGGUUGAAGUGGAAAAUUUGGGAAAUUAUACACUUUAUGUCAGUCGCGCCUUUCAUGUUUCUCUGUGGCUGCAACUCCCAGAUUGAAGAACAGAGUUUAUCUCCCAAGAUACCAUGGUAAGAGUACGUGUUGUCUAUUACUCUCUUCAUUCUCAUGGUGCUGAAGAUGUUCUAGAAGAUCUGGAUAACACGAGCAACUUUUCUGCGGUUGGAUAGAAGCCAAAUUUUAGAUAGCCUCUUUUUAUGUUCUUGUUCCCUUUUUAUGCAAGAUUUUAGAUCCGGUCCAUCUUUAAUACUGUAAUUAAUUCCCUUCUUGUGU